UCGGGCGCCUUCAAUGGCGGCUCUAUCAGCAUUGGACUCAGCUCUUACCGGUUUGCGCAUCUCUGGAGCUUCUACUGCUGCCCUCGGCCGACGACACGCCUCCCAUCAGGCUCAAGGACGUGCGAACGGCGCAAAAGAUGGAGCAGGAAAGCGACUAGGAGCGAAGAAAGCUGGAGGAGAAUACGUCGUACCUGGAAACAUCCUAUACAAGCAAAGAGGCACACUGUGGUUCCCUGGCGAUAACUGCAUAAUGGGCCGCGACCACACCAUUCACGCCGGAGCACCAGGCUACGUCCGCUACUACCGCGAUCCCGCCCGUCACCCCAAACGUAAAUACAUCGGCGUUGUGUUCCAACGAGAACAGACGCUCCCCCAACCACACAACGCCGCUCGCCGAAGACUCCUAGGCCGACUCGCCUACGAAGCUCCAACCCCACCCGCAGAAUCCUGGAGCGAGAUCUCCGAGAACGACCUUACUCAUCCUCCGCGCACACCGAACGACGCCGCCUUCUCCGCGACACAGAUCCACCAGCAACCGAACGAUGUUCGAGAUGUGACGAUCAAGCGAGGCGCAAAGGGGGAUACUCAUGAUGUGGUGCUACAUAUGCGCGGAAGAGGACAGUAUAGACAGAGCAAUUGGGAGAUUGGAAGGGCGGCGGAGCAUAGUGCUGCGGCGCAGAAUGUGAGGAAGUAUGAGAGGGGGAAUCGGUGGUUGGCGUGGCGGAAGGCCAAUGCGAGGAAAUUGGCGAAUGCGGAGAGGAGGAAUAUGGCGAGAAAGGGAGCGAAGAAGGCGAAGAAAUGA